GAACAAGGUCAAUUCAUUGCUGUACUCGACAUAUCUAUCCAAAUACAUCUGCUCAGGAAAAAAUCCAGUGCCACUCAGAAAUGCAGCAAUUCCUCAUCUCUUGCCUUUGCAUAUUGUAUAUGGUUUUCGUCAAAGCGGUUGGAGCAGGACAAGAUACGUGCGCAGAAUCUAAGUGCAGUGAUGAUCAUGGCCUGGCUAUCCAUUUCCCGUUCCACCUUGAACAUCGUUGUGGUGAUCCUGGCCUUGAAUGCAGUGGUAGACAGGAGAAGGUUCUUGAGGAGCAAGUAGCACUAGUAAAAUUCUUUGUCAAAAGCAUAGAUUACAAGCGUGGGCUAAUCGAAGUAUAUAACCCAGAUGGCUGCCUGCUGUUAAUGCCCUUAGAAACCCCUAACAUUCCAGUGUCCCCCUUCCACUUAUUAGAUUCCAACAUACGUAACGUUACCUUUUUCCUUUGUCCUACACUUGCUGAAAGAGAUAUAUAUGCGUAUCAAGUACCCUGCCUCAGCAGCAGUCCUGGCUACAGAGUUUAUGGCGUUUCUUCUUUUUUUCAAUUAUUUGAUCACUUCCCCGCCUUACAGUCCUGUACAAGGAUGUAUGAUGUUUUAUCAGUUCCAUUUGGGACUUGGGUUGGAGUUGACAGCUAUAUUCUUCGCUUCAAGUGGUCUGAACCAAAUUGUACCGAAUGUGAAGCAGAGGGCAAGAGGUGUAGAUUGAACAAGAAUGGCAUCAAAAGUGAAGUUGAAUGUAUUCACGUGAGGAAAGCAAGCAAAACAAUGGAAUUCGUGGCAACGGGUGCAACGCUGGGCUCAUCUUUUCUUUUAGUACUGGUCAUUGCAGUGUAUCGUGUCUAUAGCGCUGAUCAAAAGGAGAAAGAGAAUCAACUGAAAAUUGAAAGAUUUUUAGCGGAUUACAAAGCUCUCAAGCCAAGCAGAUAUUCAUAUGCAGAUAUUAAGAGGAUCACAAAUCAGUUCAAGGACAAGUUGGGCCAAGGAGCCUAUGGAACUGUUUUUAAAGGAAAGCUUUCUUCUGAAUUCUUUGUUGCUGUGAAAGUACUUAACAAUUCUAAGGGAAAUGGGGAAGAGUUCGUAAACGAAGUGGGAAUGAUGGGCCACAUCCACCACGUGAACGUAGUUCGCUUGGUUGGCUUUUGUGCUGAUGGAUUUAGACGAGCUCUUGUUUAUGAGUUCUUCCCCAAUGGUUCGCUGCAGGAUUUCAUUUCAUCAGCGGAUAGUAAGAACAGUUUCCUUGGUUGGGAAAAGUUGCAUGAUAUUGCUGUAGGCAUAGCCAAAGGAAUUGAAUAUCUUCACCAGGGAUGUGAUCUAAGAAUCCUCCAUUUUGAUAUCAAACCCCAUAAUGUUUUGCUAGACCACAACUUCACUCCAAAAAUUUCUGAUUUUGGUUUGGCCAAAUUAUGUUCCAAGGAUCAAAGUAUGGUGUCAAUGACUACAGCUAGAGGCACCAUGGGAUACAUUGCACCUGAAGUGUUCUCUAGGAAUUUUGGAAAUGUGUCUUACAAGUCAGAUGUCUAUAGUUUUGGAAUGUUGUUGCUAGAGAUGGUAGGAGGAAGGAAGAAUAUUGGUUCAAGCACAAAGGACGCAAAUGAAAUUUACUACCCAGAAUGGAUCUAUAAUCUUCUAGAAGGAGGAGAUGACCUACGAAUCCAUAUUGGAGAUGACGGAGAUGGUAAAAUCCCGAAGACACUUGCAAUUGUAGGGCUCUGGUGCAUCCAGUGGCACCCGGUGGAUCGUCCGUCUAUGCAAAUAGCGGUUCAUAUGUUAGAAGGAGGAGAUAACUUGGCCAUGCCUCCUAAUCCUUUUGUCUCUGCAGGUCCUACAACAACACAUGCAAGCAUCCCAGCAAAUCGCCUUGAGUUAGAAGCAAUUCCUGAAUUAGAGUAAAAUGUAUAAGUACAUGUAUACGCACCAAUGUAAGUAAUAUUAACUACGUAUGUGCUCGAACUUGUUGAACAUGUAAUAAUUCUAGCCUAAGUUGAGGGAGUUGGGUAUUAGAUACUUUAUUCAAGGGACAUAAAUUAUUAUUUU